AUGGCUAGAAAGAGACCAUCACCAGUCUUGGAAGAGGCACCCGAUAUCUCGACACCAGAGAUGCCUCAACAGGACCAACAAGCACACCCGCACUCGAAAUCGAGCCCACUUCCCGUAUCCAGCGAACAACGUCGAAACAGAAGACGACUCUCCAGACGUGGCACAUAUCCAGAGCAGCAUGAGAGCCAAUGGGCUCAUCAAAGAGUUAGACCAUGGCAACUUAGGUCCAUGCCAAAUGGCAUGCCGGAUCCUCCUUACCCAGUCACACCUCCAUCACCUGAGCGACCCCAGCCUGUCUUGCCUCCACUUGGCUACAGAGCACCGACACCUCUACCGCCUCCACUACCCCCAAGCGUACUAGCCCCGGUCCAGAGACCAGACAACAAGCAAUCUCGUUUGCUGCAGCGUCAAAGACAGUGUGCACGCCAGCUCGAUGCUUCGUUACCAACACUCAGUCUUUCAGCUCUGGCGUCAGGCUCGAUACUGCUGGUUUCUGCUAUCCUGUUCGUCCGAAGUGUGAUGAUUGGCACACCUCAUGCAGUCGUUGGAAGGUCAGCAUUGAUAGUCUUCUUCGCAAUCUCGGUUGCAGCUUUCAUCAUGUCCUUUGCCUUGAUCUUGGGCGUGUUGUGUCGAAGAGCCCGAGCCACCAAAAGUGCUGCUGCCAGAGCUCAAGCAAGACAAGAGAUUGAGUUGAUGGAAACAAGAUCGCGUGCGAGCGAAGGUAGGCUACCCAUGUAUGACCGGAGAAGACGGAACGCAAUCUGUGAGCUUCGGGAUGAGCCAGGACUUGUGGUUGGUGCUACCCAAUAUCGUUCAGUACAGGAACAAGAGAGAGUCAUCAAUCGUCGAGAUGCGCCACCUAUCCGUGUAGCCUCAAGAUACCUGACCGAAGUGCCGUUCUCACGACCUCCGACACCGCACCCAAGGCCACCUUUGUCGCCCCUUCUCCCGGCAGUGCCCAGUACACCUCCUCCACCCAUACCGGAACGCAAUCCCGCCCGUUUGCUCGUGGCAGCCAGGAAGGUUGGAAAUGCUACUGAUGCAGAUGCUUUGAGCAUGACCGCACAGCCCAGUCCAGAGUCAGGCAUCCCGCCAAGGACUGUACCGAUAAAAGAUGUCCUACAGAUCGAUAAUAAGGGCACCGUUUCUGGCCGCUCGACUCAGAUGUUCAACCAGCACAUGCUUACAGCAGGCAUCCGCGAAUUGCAAGCCUACCUCGAUGCGCCUUCAAACUCUAGCUUGAACACUCUUGCAGCGUACCAACAUAGCGAGAGUGACUCGUCUUCCACCCAAGCCAUCAUGAGUAAUGAUCGCAGUGUGUACAGCGGUGACAAUGACCACAUUGACGAUGAAGAGGAGAGCCAUGUUGGCGAGGCAUCUGUGUUGAGUAUGCAGAAGGUAGGCAAGGCACGUGAAUGUUACGUCCCGGCCUCGAAGAGCAAUGUGUCUGCGUCCAAGUCUCCCAAACUGAGCAAGCAGCGACGCUCGAAACUCAAGGUGUUCAUGGAGACCUCAGGAUCAGAGGGCAAGAACUUCGAGGCACGCAAGCAUCGAAGCAUGGUGGAGUCAAUACCAAGUGCACCUCUUUUGCUUUCUCAACAGAAGAACAAGAACAAUCAGCUUGCUGUCAAGAGACCACAUAGUCUGAGUCCGAAGAAAUUAACAGGAAAUGUUUCUAAGCCAAAGGCAGUCGGCUUGGGUAUCUCCAUCGGCAAAGAGCAGAAUAAGGAGAACUUGGACCCGAAUCAGGCUGAGGUGGAAACGUGGAGUGCUCUGGGCGACCUUUGA